AUGGAGUGUGUGGCAGAAACUCACAAUGAAGAAGCUCCAAAUUCUUUAAUCUGUGAAAUAAACGAAGAUGAGCAUAGCAUGAUUAAUGAAACUGCAGAAUGGAUGUCACAUGAUUCGGACAAAAUAAUCUGCACGACAACUGCCGUCAGCGGAGAUCAAGCAGUCUCAUGUGAAGUAGAUCGACCAUCUUCGGAUGAAGAGUCGAUCGGGAAGAGAUCCGCAUCAGCCAACGGGGAAACAGAUGCCGGUUAUGUGAGCGUUGAAGAACGUGCCGUGGAAUUUGAAAACACACCGAAACAGUGUGGUGAGAGUACCGUUGAGAAGAUGACAAACCCGCCGGAUAAAACAGAUUUAUCAAUGCUAACCAGCGAUUUGUCAAACCUGCCAUAUCCUCCUGGUUAUUCCAUACUGAAACGUGGCGAAGUGUUGCAAGAAGAAAGACAGAGGAUCAAUGCGGAACGGGACAGAGGUCCCAUGGUUCCAAGGAUGACGAAAGAGUUUCUGAAGAAACACUGCGCCAAGCACAAGCUGUAUCAAACACCUCAACUGAAUGAUAUACUUUAUCUGCAUUUCAAUGGAUUCUCCAAAAUUGAAAACUUGGAAGAAUAUACCGGUCUUCGUUGCCUGUUUCUGGAAGUCAACGGUAUUGAUCGGAUCGACGGCCUGGAGCAGCAAAACGAAAUGCGUUCGUUAUAUUUGGCCAAAAAUUUGAUCCGGCGUAUUGAAAAUUUAGAACACAUGCAACAUUUGGACACUUUGGAUGUGAGCAACAAUAUGAUCACAAAGAUUGAAAACCUUGACAUGCUCCCGAAAUUCACAAGGCUCGUGAUUGCACACAACAAAUUGUCUGAACUGGAGGAUAUAAUACAUCUGGUGAAUUGCACUCAGCUGUCCGUACUUGAUAUACAACACAAUCAAAUUAAAGAUCCCAGUGUUGUUGAAGAAGUGUUUGCGAAGAUGCCUUCGUUGAAAAACUUGACUUAUCUGGACGAUCGGCCGGUGUUUCCCAAAGAUCGGGCAUGCGCUGAAGCUUUUUUCAUAGGAGGAGCGGAACACGAAAAUCUCGUACGUCAAGAGUGGAACAAUGCGGAACAGCAGAAAAUCAUGGACAGUUGUCGAUGGUUGACAGAGAAACGGAAAGUGAUUGAGGCCAGAAAGCGUGAGCGGGAAUUGCGAGAACAGGCUGAGGCGGCUGGACUUCCGACGGACAAUAUUCAUGUUAAUCCCGGUGAUGUGGACUGGUUGUAUGGGGAUAGAAACAAUCAAACCUCAUCCGCAAGUGUGAGUCAGUCAGAAAGCCAGGAAAUUUCGGAUGGUGAGAACCAAGAGGGCAUGGGAGAAGGAAACAACCGCGGCAAGGAGCAAGAAGGGACUGACAGCUCAGCAGAAAAGGCGGAAGAAAAGCAAUUGGAACCGGUAACUGGUAUCACCGCGGGUGCCGGAGAUUUGGGUGAGAUGCAUAGAACCCGACCAAGAUCGGGACCAGUUAUGGCUGCCCAAAUGAUUGAAGAGAUUUAUGACGAAUUUAGUGCAUUUUGUCAAAAGCGCGAGGAACAGGCUUCUGAGCUGAGCAAACCGGAUGCGCUGGAUGAAACUGUAAAUUUGUCCGAAUUCGAGGCCAUUUCAGAAUCGAAUAAAGCACUGGAAGACGGAAUCCAGUUUCCAGAAUCCCGAGAUAGCAAUUCAGAGAUUGUCGAAACAAGAAAUCAACACACUCCAUCCGAAACCACCUUAGUUACUGAGGAAAAAUCUGAUCUGGACGAGAAAACUUUUGUUGAAGAAUUACCCAUGUUACGUCCACGACGGGACUUGGAUAAGACAUGUGGUAUGGAAUCGGUAUUUUCGAACCCGCGGAAAACUCCCAAUAUCUCCGUAGCUCAAGUGAUUCCACUACUGUUGGUUACAAAUAAUUCCAACAAACAAGGCCCGAAAGAAACCGACGAGGAAGAUAGUGCUUCGAUCACGUGUAUCAGUGUCAGCCAGAAUCCGCUGAUUUCCAAAGCACAGUCUAAACCGGAAGGAAUGAAAAAAAGUAAGUUUGUUUUUGUGGUGGUGGGAGUGUUGGCGACGACAAAUCAUCUGAUCACUUCCCUGCUGCUCCACUUCUACCAACUGUUAGAACACGAUAAACGGGCUAAUAGCACAUAA